CUAUUGACAAAAAAAACGCGGUUCAAUUGUACAUAGCCCAAUUCUUUUCAUUUCUUCUCAUUUUCUCCUCUGAAACUGAGCAGCCAUUCAUUAGAAAAAAACUGAGCGAAGAAAAAAACUAAUCGGUUAGGAGUUUUUAAAUUUCGAAAGAACCGACCGGAAUCUCACUCGAACUGGAAAUUAACCUCCUACAAGGAUGCCUAUGGCUAUAACCACCGUGGAACAACCGCGCUGGCCGAGUCAGUUGAGAAUUAUGAGCGAAGAAAUAGUAAAAAAGGCUCUGAGUAGCCUCGGCAAAGGAUUUGAUUUAACAUCUGAUUUUAAGCUUAAUUAUUGCAAAGGUGAAAAAAGCUUAGUUUUGUUCAAUGAAGCCGAAAAACGAGAGCUUAUGAUUCCUGGUUUUGGAUCUGUUAAAGAUGUUUCCAUUGAUAUUAAGUGCGAUAAAGGUGAACUUGUUCGGCAUCAAUCUGAUAUUCUUGGAUUUGAACAGAUGUCAGAGUUUUUCAAUCAGAAUUCAUCGAUACCGGGGAGGAUUCCGUCGGGAUUAUUUAAUGCGAUGUUUGGAUUUGACGGAUACUGGGCGGCUGAUGCAGCUAAGACGAAGUUUAUGGGUCUGGAUGGCUGUUUUAUUUCGGUUUUUGAUGUUCAUAUUGAUCGGUAUCCGCUUGUUCUUUCCGAUGAAGUUCGGAAUGCAGUUCCGAUCACUUGGGAUCCUUCUGCACUCGCCAGGUUCAUUGAAACAUAUGGAACUCAUAUCAUUGUAGGGCUAAGUGUUGGAGGUGAAGAUGUAGUCCUUUUCAGGCAAGAUAAGUCUUCCAAUUUGGACCCAUCUGACCUCAAGAAACAUCUGCAAAAUCUCGCCGAUCAAUUAUUCAUAAGGACUCGUAGUUUUUCUCAAAGAUCAAGAUCUCACAGAGCACCUCAGGCUUUCAAUAUCUUUGAUCAACAACAACUUGUAACCAUCAAUCCCUACUCGUCUAUCAGUGCAAAAGAUGGAAUCACAGUGAUUUGUAGAAAAAAAGGAGGAGAUUUAUCAGUCAGCAGUCACUAUGAGUGGCUUCCAACAGUUGCAUCAAAUCCAGAUGCAACUCAUUUCAAAUUCAUCCCUAUUACUUCUCUCCUUAAUGGUAUUCCUGGAAGUGGUUUCUUAGGGCACGCCGUCAAUCUUUAUGUUCGAUAUAAGCCACCUAUAUCUGAUCUACGAUUCUUUCUUGAUUUUCAAUCUCCCAAGACUUGGGCUCCUAAAUAUAAUGACCUUCCAUUGGGUUCUACGACGAAUAUGGCUAACAUUUCACCAGCUCUCAAUUUCAGCCUCAUGAGUCCUAAACUUAAAGUAAAUACUACUCGGGUUAUUGUACGAAACCGGCCUGUAACUGGAAUCAAAUUCUAUCUCGAAGGCAUGAAGGGUAACAGGUUAGCAAUUCAUCUCCAACACCUCUCAGACACGCCAACAAUGUUCAAAAGCAGGAUCGACGAAACAUCAUUAUGGCGAGGAUCAGAAGAAAGUAAUGACAUUGGAUUCAUUAAAGCAAUUUACCAAAAACGGUUUUCUCACGUAUGUACAGCCCCUGUAAAAUACAAUCCAAAAUGGACAAUGGCAAAAGAUGGAGCUUACAUUGUAACAGGAGCUCAGCUUCAUGUCAAGCAACAUGGCUGGAAAAAUGUCCUUCAUCUUCAAUUAUUAUACUCGAGGGUUUCAAACUUUUUCAUCGCAAAGUCUCAGUGGGACCACGGCUCCUUAGGAUAUUCUCAGAAUUUCUCAGGAUUGCUUUCUUCCAUAAGCACGUCGAUACCAGGAGCGAACCCUGAGAAAAGUAAACCGCCGAAGGCUGUUGUAGUUAAUUCUGCUCUGUAUCCGUCAGGACCGCCUCCACAACCGCAGAAGCUUUUGAAGUUUGUCGACAUUUCGGAGCUGUGUCGAGGGCCACAAGAUAGUCCCGGACAUUGGCUAGUGACAGGGGCUAAGUUGGACUUGGAAAGAGGGAAAAUAUGCCUUCAGGUUAAGUUCUCCUUAUUGAAUAUAUGUUCUUCAUUAUAAGAGGGAUCAUUAAUUCUUUUGUUAGUUUCUGUUUUUGGAUCGAAACUUUUAUUUAAAUUCUUUAUGCAGGGGAAACUUUCAAUUCCACCCUCAAAAAGUUGUGUAUAUAGGGCUUUGCUUGGUGGAGGUUUUGAGAGUGGUGAUUUUUUUUUUGUUCAUACUUCAACUUAAGUUUUUAGUUAAUGUAUAUAGCUUACAUGUA